ACGCGGCCGUCUUUCCACAUAACUUCCGGUUCACACUGUUACGCCAUGACGUCAGCAUCUGUCUGAACAAACCGACGCAGAUUUACAGAAAAGGGAGCGCCGGCAAAGAGGAGGACAUGGCUGUAAACGUAUACUCCACUUCAGUGACAAGCGACAACCUGAGUCGCCAUGAUAUGCUUGCAUGGAUCAACGAGUCUUUACAGAUGAAUUUCACAAAGAUCGAGCUGCUGUGUUCAGGUGCUGCAUAUUGUCAGUUUAUGGACAUGCUCUUUCCUGGCUGUGUGCCUUUGAAGAAAGUCAAAUUUUCAGCAAAAUUAGAGCAUGAAUACAUUCACAAUUUUAAGAUCUUGCAAGCUGGAUUCAAGAGAAUGGGUGUUGACAAAAUCAUCCCUGUUGACAAGUUGAUAAAAGGCAAGUUUCAGGACAACUUUGAGUUUGUGCAGUGGUUUAAGAAGUUUUUUGAUGCUAAUUAUGAUGGGAAAGAGUAUGACCCAGUGGAGGCACGCCAAGGGCAGGACACAAUGGCUGUGCCCAACCCACCCAUGCCUGUUCUGAACAAGCCCAAGAAGAUCAUAAAUGCAGCCCCACAAAGGGCGGCCGUUGCCAAAGUAGCACCCAAGAUGACUCCCACUUCUGCACGGAGGCCAGGCACUGGUGGCGACGAUGAACGGGCAGAACUUGUACAAGAGGUGAAUAUUCUGAAGUCCACGAUCCAGGACAUGGAGAAGGAGCGAGACUUUUACUUUGGCAAAUUGAGGAAUAUUGAGCUGAUCUGUCAGGAGAAGGAGAGUGAGGGAGACCCCACCCUGCAGAGGAUUGUGGAUAUUCUCUAUGCCACAGAUGAGGGCUUUGUCAUACCAGAUGCUGAAGCAGAGGACCAGGAGGAGUUCUAAUGCCUAUAACUAGAUCCAGUCAUGUCCUUGUCUCCUCCCUCAUCUCUACACAUUCACUCCCUCCUGCUGUCUCGGACCAUGUUACGCAUUUUGGACUUAAUGAACGCUGUAUGCAAAGUAAUUUGGGUUGAAUACAGAGUUAAAGUAGCUACAUUAGAAGAACCUCCUCUGAUGCCUUCUUAGAGAAGAGCACAACAUGGCUCUUCAGCUGAUCUUGCUGGGCUCAGGAGAGUUGGAGCAUUUCGUCUCUAACAUUCAGUAUCAUGUAAAGUUCCUGCGAUGUCAGGGGAAAUUUAUUCAUUCUUUGAUAUUCAUCCUUUCACAGUUUUUUCUUGUGCCACAGUGUGAAUAGGGAGGAGGUUUCCCUCUGUCCCCUGCAAGUUUGGUGGCAUGUGCUUCAUAAUAAUAAUGCUAUAAUCACAUUUUCCAAAUUUAAAGAUGUACUUCCUUCACAAAAUUUUAGUUUUUGUUUUUGGUUCAGAUGAGAAUUAGUGAACUUUUUAUUUUUAAAAUCCACAUUUUCAUCAGUUUACAUUGCAUUUUAUCCCUAUGUCAUUAUUUUUGUGAAAGGCUUGUAGCAGUCACCUUUUCUCCAGCUUUGAUCCUGUGACUGUGCCUUAUAGAGUGGAGGGAGACCAGUCUGAUAUCUGUGUUUGUCUUUGUGUGUGUCAGAAAACCUUUCUCACAGUCUAGGAAGUCAGUUUUGCAGCAAAGAGGGCUGAUUUUGUUUAUGAACGUUCCAAAAUUGGUCACAAACUGCCAUGAUUGUAAUCAGUAUGUGUUUCCCUCUGGUCAUUUGGGAUGUUUUUCUAAUGUUGAUAUUAACAACGUAGUUACAAAAGCAUCUUAUGUGGCACAACCAUUUAAUUUGUUUGUUGGGGGGGAAAAACCAUAGGUCAUUGUCCACUACGGUGGUGGAUUCGGAGGCCAAAUUAAGAACAAGCAAGACAAAUAUUCCCCAUUUCUGCAUUUUGAGUGCAUAGAUAUUUUUUUUUACUUAAUAUUUAAUGUAUCAUUUUACCAUUUCACACAUUUUAAUCUCUGCCUUGGUAGAAUUCACAUUCUGUAUUGGCAAGUGUUUAAAUUAAAUUAAAAUUUGAACGUUUCUGUUUA